GAUGCGCGAGUACAAAGUGGUGGUGCUGGGCUCGGGCGGGGUCGGCAAAUCCGCCCUGACCGUGCAGUUCGUGACCGGCACCUUCAUCGAGAAAUACGACCCCACCAUCGAGGACUUCUACCGCAAGGAGAUCGAGGUGGACUCGUCGCCGUCGGUGCUGGAGAUCCUGGACACGGCGGGCACGGAGCAGUUCGCGUCCAUGCGGGACCUGUACAUCAAGAACGGCCAGGGCUUCAUCCUCGUCUACAGCCUCGUCAACCAGCAGAGUUUCCAGGACAUCAAGCCCAUGCGGGACCAGAUCAUCCGCGUGAAGCGGUAUGAGAAAGUGCCAGUCAUCUUGGUUGGGAACAAGGUGGACCUGGAAAGUGAGAGAGAAGUGUCAUCCGGUGAAGGCAGAGCCCUUGCUGAAGAGUGGGGCUGCCCCUUUAUGGAGACUUCUGCUAAGAGCAAAACAAUGGUGGACGAACUCUUCGCAGAAAUCGUGAGGCAAAUGAACUAUGCUGCGCAACCUGACAAAGAUGACCCGUGCUGUUCUGCAUGUAACAUACAAUAGCAUUCAGAAAUGCCUAUCCUGGGCAGGCUUCGCCCAGCAUCAUGGGCGAUACAAGCCUCGUCUGCCCGAUGGCAGAGUUUGCAGGAUGUGUGGUGUGAAUCUGUGGUGAAAUAGCAGCCCUCACUCAGAAUUCAGCAGUGAUUGUCCAUUGAUAUCUCUGAGUAACAUUUGGGUUCAAUACCUACAGUUUUCACCAUUGUCCUCAGUCUCCUAUACGCACCUGCAACUUUGAGGCCUAGCCAAUCGAUCUACAGGGUGAUCUCCGUUGAAAGCAAUGAUGGCAUUGUCGCUGAGUUGACCGAAGCAACUAUUGUAUAAAUUAAAAGUAAUCAUGAGAGAGAAACCGGAAGAAUUCCUAUGACCACUACAAUUAAAAUAUUUUAUCUUCUGUAAAAAAAAAAUAAGUAAAGGAGAAAUAUUUUCCUACAAGAGUACUGAAUUUCAGGAAUUGAGAUAGUGCUUCUAAUCAAUGUAUUCUGUCAAGUAAGAUAACAGCCGACCUGCCAACAGCAUUACAGGGAGAGAUUCUUUGCUCAACUGACACAUUUCUGUUUUUCAAAAUUGAUGCUUAAUUGUAGAUGUUAUCCUAAUUUGUGACACACAACUAACUGAUGCAUCAGUCCUUGCUAGAGCAAAAGUCAAAACAGGUUUUGAAAACAUUCAAUCUCACUUUAGAAGUGUAAAGUCACCUGCUUUGCCACAGAAAAUGGAGGCUCUCACAAGGGUUUGAUCUGAAUUAAAACCCCAAACCCACCCUCUGGUAAUCAAGCAGAUAAUGGUUUUUAUUACAUUUUUGAACAAGAAGGAAACAACUGUGAUGCAAAGAGACUGCGCAGCCUUACUAACCAGAAGCGUUCUAGUAGUAGCUGAACUAGUACCAUCAUGUAAGGAAAAUGAAGCCAUGUUGCAUCCACAUGUUCCCGUUUGCAGAAACCUCACAGGACAGUACAAGUAUUUUGCAUUUUUAUGUUUGUUAAAGCAGCAAAUUCCUUCUUGCCUUUAAGGGCUAUGGUUGUGGUGUGAUUCUUGGUUAAACUGCUUUCCAAAUCAAGUUGGCUUGUAGCAGAGCUUUAUUGCAGGCAUUUAAAAAGAUUGAAUAACCAUGUGAAAUAAUUUGGGCUUAAGAAUAGAACAUAAAUUAUAAAAUGGAAGGUAAGAGACAAAAAAAAAAAUCUUUUAUCUUUAAUUUUUCUGGAGAAUUAUUUAAAAAUUUUCCUAUAACAAUUUUGCCCUGACUACUGAAGUGGCAAAUAAAGCUAGAGAAUACUUUGUUUUGAAAAGGUGCUCAAGCUUCAACGUUUCUGAUUUGCAUAGCCGUGAAGUAUUUAUCGUUUGCAUGACUAAUGGCACAGGAAGAACCUAUACAGUCAAGCAUAGGAAGGGUUUUUACCUAACCUCAGAGUUAUAAAUGCUGAAGAGAAUACCUUAAGCUGAUUCGAAAGGUAAAUUUGGCCUUCGGAGCUGCAAUAUCGCUGAGCCUGUGGCCUACAUACCUCCCCACAUUUUGUUUCACACUCUUGUGCGAGUAACCUCUGGUCUUACGUGUGUAACUGAGAGAAUAGUGUGUGUUGUGUGUGCAUGUGUGUUUAUCGUUCCUAAGAAUUUGGCACAAGUCAGAGAUGAUUGCCUAUACUGAGAAUCCGUGCUGCAGAAUAUAAUGUAUCAAAAACAUCUUUUU